AAAUUUGGAAAAUUUCUUUUGGGAUUAAGGUCUUGAGAUUUUAGAAGACACGCUUCAUCGUGUUGGCUUGCUUGAAAUUAGUCCAAGAUUUGAGGUUCAAAAAGAGUGUUCGGACCAGUUCAGAGAGUAGUUCGGUUCGAAGCAGUUCAAUUCAGUUCUAUGUGCCUCUAAAACAGUUCGGUUCAGUUCACCCGAACCGUUUUACAGUUCAGUUCGGGCGAACUGUAUUUGUAGUUUGGAACAGUUCACCGCAGUUCAGUUCGAAUUGAACAGCCCAUGUUCAUCAAAGUGAACAAGCAGUGGAACGUACUUUCAUAGAUCAUUGUCAAGCCAUGUUUAUCCUGUUUGUCAAUAAACUCAGAUUCAAAUACCCUUUAAAAAUCCCAUCUUUAGGUCUCCUUUGUUGUUUACAUACUCGUUCCUUGUCUCCUUAUGUGAAAGCCAUCAAUUGGAACACCUCCCACAGCUUUGUUCGAAAGAACCCCCUCCUUUCUCUCUUGGAAAGGUGCAAGUCAUUGGACCAGUUAAAGCAAAUCCAGGCUCAGAUGGUCUUGACUGGCUUAGUUAACGACGGCUUUGCCAUGAGUCGUCUUGUUGCGUUUUGUGCUUUAUCAGAAUCUCGGGCCCUUGAGUAUUGUACCAAAAUCUUGUAUUGGAUUCAUGAACCAAAUGUGUUUUCUUGGAAUGUGACAAUUAGGGGAUAUGUGGAAAGCGAGGACUUGGAAGGAGCUGUUCUGUUGUACAAGAGGAUGUUGCGGUGUGAUGUUUUGAAGCCGGAUAAUCAUACUUACCCUUUGUUGCUUAAGGCUUGCUCUUGUCCAUCUAUGAAUUGUGUUGGUUUUACAGUAUUUGGGCAUGUGUUGAGGUUUGGUUUUGAAUUUGAUAUAUUUGUGCACAAUGCGUCAAUCACUAUGCUACUUUCGUAUGGAGAGUUGGAGGCAGCAUAUGAUGUGUUCAAUAAAGGUUGUGUGAGAGACUUGGUAACAUGGAAUGCAAUGAUUACUGGGUGUGUUAGAAGAGGACUGGCUAAUGAGGCUAAAAAGCUCUACCGGGAAAUGGAGGCAGAGAAAGUGAAACCAAAUGAGAUUACAAUGAUUGGGAUUGUCUCUGCUUGUUCUCAAUUGCAGGAUUUGAAUCUUGGCAGAGAGUUUCAUCAUUAUGUCAAAGAACAUGGUCUUGAGUUAACAAUCCCACUCAAUAAUUCACUUAUGGACAUGUAUGUGAAGUGUGGAGACCUGUUGGCUGCACAGGUUCUAUUUGAUAACACGGCACAUAAGACCCUUGUUUCAUGGACUACAAUGGUUUUGGGAUAUGCCAGAUUCGGUUUUCUGGGUGUUGCUCGGGAGCUUUUGUAUAAAAUUCCAGAGAAGAGUGUUGUGCCUUGGAAUGCUAUCAUUAGUGGCUGUGUCCAAGCUAAGAAUAGUAAAGACGCAUUGGCUCUAUUCAAUGAAAUGCAGAUUAGGAAAAUAGACCCUGAUAAAGUGACCAUGGUUAACUGCCUAUCUGCAUGCUCACAACUAGGAGCUCUUGAUGUAGGAAUAUGGAUUCACCAUUAUAUUGAAAGACACAAUAUUUCUCUAGAUGUUGCCUUGGGAACUGCACUAGUUGACAUGUAUGCCAAGUGUGGAAAUAUUGCAAGGGCUCUCCAGGUUUUUCAAGAGAUUCCUCAAAGAAAUUGUUUGACCUGGACAGCCAUCAUUUGUGGUUUAGCACUUCAUGGGAAUGCUCGUGAUGCUAUAUCCUAUUUCUCAAAAAUGAUUCAUAGUGGCAUAAAACCUGAUGAGAUCACGUUUCUUGGUGUCUUAUCAGCUUGUUGCCAUGGAGGUUUGGUUCAAGAAGGCCGCAAAUAUUUUUCCGAAAUGAGCUCUAAAUACAAUAUAGCCCCUCAGCUUAAACACUACUCUGGCAUGGUGGAUCUUUUAGGAAGGGCUGGUCAUUUGGAGGAAGCUGAAGAGCUUAUUAGAAAUAUGCCAAUAGAGGCAGAUGCUGCUGUGUGGGGUGCUUUAUUCUUUGCUUGUCGUGUUCACGGCAAUGUUCUAAUAGGAGAGAGGGUAGCUUUGAAGCUUCUUGAGAUGGAUCCUCAAGAUAGUGGUAUUUAUGUUUUGCUUGCCAGCCUGUACAGUGAGGCAAAAAUGUGGAAGGAGGCAAGAAAUGCAAGGAAAAUAAUGAAGGAAAGAGGAGUAGAGAAGACUCCUGGUUGCAGUUCAAUUGAGAUCAAUGGCAUUGUGCAUGAGUUUGUGGCAAGGGAUGUGUUACAUCCACAGUCUGAAUGGAUUUAUGAAUGCCUGGUUUCAUUAACAAAACAACUAGAGCUUAUUGUAUUUACACAUGAUAUUCCUGCUGAUGGAGAUAAUCUUUUUUCCUAAACUUGUCAGCCAUUUUGCUAUAUUUGUGCUCAUCUAGUUACACUCUUCCCUGGACA